AUGGCGGGCGAGGACCGCGAGGAGGCCGCGCUGACGCGGAAGCUCCGGGACAGCCGCUAUCGCUUCCAGAGACGCAUGCAGCAGCUGAUAGAAAAGUACAACCAUCCCUUCGAGGAUACCCCGCUGGUGGAGAUGGCGACACUAACCUACCAGACGCCCCAAGGAUUGAGACUGUGGGGUGGAGGACUAAUACAGGAAAGAAGCAAAGGACAAAGCCAGGUUGAGGGAUCCCCUGUGACGCCGGUCAGCUGGGUGGACGGCUCCGGGCGAGCUGCAUUGGAAGAUUCAAAAAACAGUGACGUCGAUGCAACUUUCGACCAGGGAGACGAGGUUGCCAUGGCCGUGACGCCUGCAGUGCUUCAGAGCCCUUUGGAAAAUGAGUUACGAAGGAAAUACUUGACCCAGGUGGACAAACUGCUGCAACAUAUAAGCUUUUCAGAGCGUGCAGAUAGCGGAGGCCUGGAGAACAGCCAGGUGACCCUGGUCCCUUUGUUGGCCGAGCCUGCCCAUGGAGACUAUGGUGAUGUCUCUGCAAAGAACCUGGGUGGCCCUGUUAAGUCAGCAUCACCUCUCAGAAAACGUGACCCCUCAGCCAACUUGGCACUGGUGCCCAGAAAUGAUGGUCUUGUGUCACAAGGGGCCAGUAGCCACAGCUUCUUAAGCAGCCAGUCCUUUGAGGCCGAGGAUGUUUGCGACGUGACCAUCAGUGACUUGUACGAGGGCAUGCUGCACUCCAUGAGCCGGCUGCUGAGCACAAAGCCAUCCUGCAUCAUCUCCACCAAGACCUUCAUUGUCCAAAACUGGAGCUGCAGGAGGAGGCCCAGAUGGAAGAGCAGAAUGAACAGAACGUACUGCAAAGGAGGCAGACACGUGCAGAGGGGCUCCAGGGAGCAACGCUUGCCCUGGUCCCAGCCUGAAAAAGAGGCAGGGGCACUGAGAGAUCCCAAGAACUCACUAAAGGUUUCUUGCCGUAAGACAGGUUUUCAGUUGAAGAAAGUUCUUCUUGAGGUAAACAACCCCCAAGUCCAUGAAUUAGUUCCAAGCUGGAAGGAGCCUAAAGUGACUCCCCAAAAGCAUUCUUUGUUGACAUAUUUGGACCCCAGUGCAGGGUAUGAUCUUGAUCAGGAGAAUAGAUUUAUGGCAUUAAAAUGGUUAAUUUCUCCUGUAAAAAUCAUGUCCAAGUCCAGAACUCUCCAGGGCCUUGGGGGAAACCGUCACAGAGAGAUUGAAGUCAAGUUUGACAAGCUGCAUCAGGAAUACUGUCCAAACCGUGUGAGCCAGCCUGGCCCCUCAGGCUCCUGGGCCGUGGAUGUGUACAGAGGUGGCCCUGUAAGCCAUGGAUGUCUCCAGGGCUUGGAAACCCACUGGUCAAGUAUACCUGUCCCACAAAGGCUACAGGAGGGUUUGGAAAAACCAGGGGAAAAAUCUAUCCAAGGGAGUGGAUGCCUGCCAAAGCGUGAUUCCUCUUCCUUGCUUCUUUCCAAGACUGGCCCAGCACAGAGCACAGGCCAUGCUGAGCAAACAUUGGACAGUCUUCUCCAAGAAAGCAGUCUUGGAAUGUUUAGAAGGUCACUGCCAUCCACAAAAGCCAUUUCAAAGCCAAGCAUACAAUCUCUGAGCUGUGGAAGGAAUCGUUAUGAUGACAUUAAAGAAAGAUUUGACAAGCUUCAUCAAGAGUAUUGCCAAAGAUCGCCCCAGCGGAUGAAGGAGACUUUCUGUACUGGACAGUCUCCAGACAGGGCCAGUGUGGAAGCUCAAUAUAAAAAAGACUUCCAAGGAAAAAUGACUGCAGACUCUGCCUUCGAGAGUCCCCAGAAGUCAUUGUCCUUACCCUCGUGGAGCAUAAAAAGUCCAUCGGGCUCAACUGCAAUUGAGAUUCAUCCAUCAACAUGCAUCGCUCAUGCUCCCAGGAGAGACCAGCAGUCACCUGCAAAAAGACGCAGGUUAUCAGACCCUCAGGUGUGUGGAUGGUGGGCCGAGUCCUGGAACUCCACAGGUGUGGGCAGAGCCAUCCCAAGACCAAGGGAAGAGACCCACCCUUUGCAGCUGGACUUGGAAGAGAAGGAAAGAAGAACCCAGGAUGGAAAAGUGAUUCUGUGUUAGAAAAAUUUAGCGCUACAAAUCUGUAAGCUGGCUGUUUGCGAGUGUCCUUUUCCCCCUUGCUCUCUUCCUUUUUUUUUUU